CGGUAGGUGGGCGGGGCCAACGCCUGUGGCAGUUCGGUUCCUCAGCGCAGCGAACACAUUUGAACACACUGCGCCAAAGACCGAGGGGGCGAAGACACGAAAACUACGGGAAAACCACGAAACCCAGCCUUCAGAGUCAACUUUGCAAAGAGCGAUGGCAGCUAUCCGUAAGAAGCUGGUGAUCGUGGGAGAUGGAGCUUGUGGGAAAACUUGUCUCCUUAUUGUCUUCAGUAAAGAUCAAUUCCCUGAGGUCUACGUGCCCACCGUGUUUGAGAACUACAUUGCGGACAUUGAAGUGGACGGGAAACAGGUUGAGUUGGCAUUAUGGGAUACGGCAGGACAAGAGGACUAUGACAGGUUGAGGCCAUUAUCCUAUCCCGACACAGACGUCAUUCUCAUGUGUUUUUCCAUAGACAGCCCAGACAGUUUAGAGAACAUUCCAGAGAAGUGGACACCAGAGGUGAAGCAUUUCUGUCCCAAUGUUCCAAUCAUCCUAGUGGGGAAUAAGAAAGACCUGCGCAAUGACGAACACACUCGCAGAGAGCUGGCAAAGAUGAAGCAGGAGCCGGUGAAGCCAGAGGAAGGCAGAGACAUGGCUAACAGGAUCAGCGCUUUUGGCUAUCUGGAGUGCUCUGCUAAAACUAAAGAAGGGGUGCGGGAGGUGUUUGAAAUGGCCACCAGGGCGGCGCUUCAGGUUCGCAAGCGCAAGAAGAGGAGCGGCUGCUUGCUCUUAUGAGCCCACACUACUACUACACUUCUGCCAACGGUUAAACGAGUGCACCAGGAAAAAAACCUUUACCAAACCAACAUCAUCGCCGUACUGUAUUACGCAUUUCACGCAAGCAAGAUGUGCGCGAGAGAGACUGACAAACCUGUUUAUAGAGAAACCAACCCACCUGUGCUCUUAAAGUUUCUGUAUGCACACAGACCUGUUCUGCCAUCUCUGACUUUUCCUUUCUUCUACCAGCAUAUCUUCCUCUGUGUGGGAGAAAGAUUGAUUUGAUUUUGUAUGUAUUUGUACAUAAAUCUUAGUCUCCUCUUUCUCUCUCAUUUUUUUCUGUCUCUUUCUCGCUCUUUCCUCAUUCCAUGUUAUAUUCAAACAUUGCUUCUUUAUGAAUUGUUUACUUAUUUGGGCUGAAGCCUGACUGGCAAAUACCUGCUACGUUUGGAAAAUGAUCAAGAAUACAUUUAUUAUUCAUUCAAAA